GACAGCAUCUUACAAUAAUAUUUACACAAAAAGUUUUUUUUUUUUAAAGAAAAAAGAAAGAAUCCAGCCUGUUGUUUGUUGGCUAUUGGUAGAAGAGAAAGUUGUAGAUCGUGAACUAUUCUUGUUCAGUGGCUAAAGCAGAUAGAAAUCUGAUAUCAAAGUGACAAGAAGAUACCAUUAUGGAGAUCCCUUCUAGCAGUAACGCUAGUUGCUUUGAUCUUGGUUUAGAUGAUUAUCUUGGUUUAGAUGAUUAUCUGAAGUCGCAUCAUAUCUCCUCCAGCACUAGCACUAGUUGCUUUGAUCUUGCUUUAGAUGAUUAUCUGCAGUCACAUCACAUCUCCUCCAGCACUAGCACUAGUUGCUUUGAUCUUGCUUUAGAUUCUCUGGCCGAGUUUGAUAAAUCCAAAUUAACAGGCGCCCUACGCCGUGACGUCAAGCAUCUGAAGAAGAAGGAAGACAGGGGUAAUACUAUGUCUGAAAGUUUGAGACCUAGUAUUAUUUGCUCCAGAAUUCAAGAUGUGGUUAUCAGGAUGAUUCAUGAUCUUCAGUCUGCUUAUUUUCUAUACAAACAUUCUGGUGAGUCAGAUUUUGGCAUCAUAGAUGGUGCGCUAACCAGAUCCCGGGAAAAUAUUGUAUUUCUUCUUGAGACAGAUAUCAAGAAAUCAUGCACCAUCAUCUUCUUUGACUAUUACCCACCGGGAGACCCACGGCUAGUUAUGGAUUUUGUAAUGUUCCUUUUAGGGACUAUGAAGGAUCUUUUCUAUCAUAGACGGGAGAAGCUAAUGGUUGCCAUUAGACAGAAGCUAAUGCUCUUAAGGAAUCUCAUUGGCUUUGCCACAAUGCGAGGCGUUGACUGUGCACAAUUGACAGAUCUCUCGACUCACAUUGCAAUUGUGGCAGCACACCUGAUUUCUGUAUGCCGAUUUGACAGUGAUGAUGAACAAGUACACAAUCAAAUGGAAUCUGAAAUUUAUCAGUUGAUACACGAGAAGAUAAAUCCUCUUGGUCCCCAAGUCCGAGAAACUUACAUCCAUGUCCUGACAGCUUCAAAGAAACAAUCAAGAUCAUCAUAUGCUUUAGCCCUUGGGGAGAAUGAGCAUCCAGUAGCAGUCCAAUUUAUUGAUUCUCUCCAAGAUUAUCUCACAGAUCUACUAGAUUCUUAUGCCAGUUUCCAGGUUGUGGUGAAGGAUCAAAUGCUAAAAUUCCAUCAGGGAGUAAGGUACUUGAAAGGCCUUCUUAAACAGGAGGAGCAACUAGGUGAUGAAAUAAAGGAUAUUGUUGGAGUUGUGCUCUGCGAUGCAGCAAUUCUGGUCUUCUCCCUUUCUGUCAAUGAAAUCAAAGAAGGCAUGCCCAAGGAAAUAGAUCUUGGACUGUUUAAUUUGUACAAAUUUCUCAAGUAUAUGAUGGCAGAGAUUGCACACAACUAUCGACUAACAUCCCCAUAUUCAUCAAUUAGUUAUCCUAGAUCUAAUGAGUUGGGGUGUAUGGAUUUUUUCCUAGAAAAUCUCAAGGAAAUAACAAGGUAUGAUGAGGCUGAUGAUUCAAUUGUUUUCCUAUUGGAUCGAAUCCGAAUGGUCCAGAAAGAUCUCAUAUUCUUAAGAUCUUUCCUAGAGAAUAUCAAGGACAAGCGCUGUCAAAAUGGAAAACUCCAAGCAUUCUGGCAUCAUGUUAUGGAGGCUGCAUAUAAGGCUGAGUUACUGAUUGACUCGACACUUGUUGGUGAUAAAUGUGAGGAUGCUUUGGAUGCUGUUGCUAGAGAAAUCAAUCUUCUGAAGAUUAAGGCCCCAGAGAUCCAUAAUGGUCAAGCCCAAAGAGUUAACCAGACUUCCAUUCACAUACCAUCACAACUUAUUGCCACCAUAUGCAAUGGAGAUCUGGUGGGUCUCGAUGACAAGGUGGAAACUAUCACUCAUCGACUUAUGGGAGGAUCAAAGCAGCUGGAUGUCAUUCCCAUUGUAGGUAUGCCUGGGGUUGGUAAGACCACAUUGGCUAAUAAAGUUUAUACUGCUCCUUCACUUAUGUCACAUUUCCAUGUUCGUGGCUGGUGUUGUGUUUCUCAGACAUAUAGCAUGCACAGUUUGUCAGUUCAGCUUUUGUGCACUAUUUUGUCUAAGAGUCCUGAUGAGUACCUUAAAAAGGAUGAAAAUAAUUUGGCUGUGAAGCUAAAACAAGUUUUGCUGAGAACUAGGUAUCUCCUUGUUUUGGACGACUUGUGGGAUGUUGAGGCAUGGAAUUUGUUGGAAAAAGUAUUGCCAAAUGAUGUCAAUGGAAGCAGGAUUCUCUUCACCAGUAGAUUUCAGAACUUGUCUUUGCAAUCCAAACCUGAUAUCAAACCUUUCCAUCUCUGUCAACUUACUGACGAAGAAAGUUGGACAUUACUCCAGAAAAAGCUAUUUGACAAAGAAAGCUGUCCUCCAACACUAAGUGAAGUUGGAUCUCAAAUAGCAAAAUCUUGUCGGGGUUUACCCCUCACAAUUGUCCUUGUUGCUGGAAUUCUUGCUGCUAUUGCACAAGAUUGCUGGGAAGAAGUUGCAAAAUGUCUGAGUUCUAGUGUCCUUGACAAUGAAUAUUGCAUGAAGACACUUGAACUAAGUUAUAGUCAUUUACCAGAUUAUUUGAAGCCAUGCCUUCUAUACUUUGGUGCAUUUCAAGAAGAUGAGGUUAUUAAUGUUCGAAGGUUAUUAUGGCUUUGGAUCUCUGAAGGAUUUGUGCAACAGACUGAAGGAAAGAGCUUAGAGGAAGCGGCUUACGACCACUUGAUGGCCCUAAUUAAUAGAAGUUUAGUUAUGGUUACCAAACAAAGAACUAUGAGUGGUGCCAAAGCCUGCCAACUUCAUGAUUUGGUACACGAGUUUUGUGUGGAAAAAGCCAAAGAAGAAAAUUUUCUACAUGUUAUUCGUAGUUGGAAAGAUCCUUUCAGUCUUACUGUACCAAGCAACCACCACCGAAUUUAUGCUCACAACACCAGGGAAUUGAAGACGUGGGAGUUGGCGCUAAUUUUUCCCAAUUUGCGCAGUUUGCUCUUGUCUGGACAUGAUUAUUUGAUGUUUGAGAAGGCAGAUUCAGGGAUUUUGUUGCCUAAACUUCUUAGAGUGUUAGAUUUGGGGGAUUUGAACUUUCGUAGAUCAUUUCCAAUGGAAGUGGUAUCACUUGUUCACUUGACGUACCUGGCGCUACAUGGAAUAACAUCCAUCAAAUCUGUAAUAGCCAACCUCUCAAGGUUAGAAACUCUUAUCAUAAAAGAUGCGUGUAAUAAUGUUAUGCUGCCGAAUACUAUUUGGAACAUCAAGACAUUGAGUUAUCUACAUGGGAGUCGUGGUUUUAUUUUUCCAGCUGGAAAUCUUGAAGUAGCCCCAGAUUUAGAUCGCUUAGACACUUUAAACCUUGCAAUUGACCCCUCCUCUCAAAGCUUGCAAAAGAUACUGACAAAAUUGCCAAGCAUCCGCAGGCUAAAAUGCAGGAAAGCUGACGAAUCAGGAGAAUCUACCAGAAAUUGCAAUGAGAUUCUUGCAUUUGAUUGUUUGAGUCAACUAGAAUCACUUCAUGUGAAUGGUUUUGAUGGAUAUGGAUUUAAAUUCCCAUUGAAUUUGAAGAAAUUGGCUCUCUCAUGGAAUACACAGCCGUGGAGUGAAAUUUCAACAGUUGGAGAGUUGCCCAAUCUUGAAGUACUUAAAUUACUCGAGGACUCCUUUGUCGGGGAAAAAUGGGUAAUGAAAGAAGGGGAGUUCCCUAACCUCCGAGUCCUGGAAUUGUCGGACUUGGACAUUCGCAAAUGGACUGCAAAUUCUGAUAAUUUUUCCCGACUUGAGAAAUUGGUUUUGCUUGGUUGCAGGACCCUGAAAGAAGUCCCUUAUUGUUUAGGGGAAUGUGAGACUCUUGAAAUGAUUGUGGUGAAAGAGUGUCCCAAGUCUCUUGUAAGUUCUGUAAAGCAAAUUCAGGAAGAACAAAUGGAUAUGGGAAAUGAGAUUCUAAAGGUCGUAAUUGAAAAUUGAGGUGAGACAUCCAUUUCCUUCGAAGAAGACUGGAGUUCCUCAGAAGCAGAGUCGAUUCCCUCAGAAGAAGAGUCGAAUUCAUCAGAAGCAGAGUAGAUUUCCUCUCAUCACACUUGACAUAAAUUAUUCACGUCUCUUCUUGAUUCGGGUGAGAGUGAAUGUACAGUGGGAUUCCGCUCAUCAGAUCAGAUAAAACUACAUUUGCAUAUUGAAUCAGUUUGAUUACAUAAUGAUUCAUGUUUCUCUUAGCAAUUUUCGGUGGCGAACCAUUUCAUGCCUCUUUCUCAUCUGUUUAUAUGUUGAAACAGUUCAAUGAUAUAUUAAAUCAUGUAAACUUCAAUCAAAUUCGUUUCUUUGAACCUGAUGCUGCUGUAUAACUUUCUGAUUGCGGUGGCAAACACAUUCGUCCAUUAGCCAUACCAA